GCCAUUAAAGAAGAAGAAGAAAUGAUGCAAAUAAAUGCUAGUAAAACUUGUAAGACUGUUGCAUUUUUCGCUCUUUAAAAAGGUUUUACCUGACAGCUGAUUUACAGAAGACGCAUCUUUGUUGAUAAUGAACAAUUAGCUGAGUACAUGGCCUGCGGUGGUGGGUUUGGGUCUUAGAUGGAUCCGCUGAUGCUGAAACUGUUCCAUAUAGACGAGGGGCUGCGCUCCUCUGAGGUGGCAGCUCUCUGCUUCUUGUGUCGUGAUGUUGUCAACAGGAAACGCCUGGAGGGGAUCAGGGACGCACAGGGGCUGUUCUUGAGAUUAAAAGAAAAAUGUCUGCUGGACAACGAAUUCUUCCUUUCUCAGCUGCUCUCCACUAUCCAUCGACCAGAUCUCCUCCGCCUCCUGGAGACAGACAGCAGACAACCAGAGGAACCAGUCACAAAUCCUGUCCUGUCGGAUUACAGAGUGAUGCUGUUCCAAAUCUAUGAAGGCAUGAGUCAGGCAAAUUUUGAAAAGAUGAAGAUCCAUUUGAGCAAGAAGCUGGGCACAAGACACGUUCAGACAUGCACUACAGCACUGGAUGUGUUUUCUGAAAUGGAAAAGAUUGACUUACUGUCAAAUACAAAUCUUCAUGAGCUGCAUACAGUACUGCAGAAGUUGGAUGAAAAUCUGGCAUUGACUGUAGAGCGCUACUGGAAAGCUGAAACCCAGCCACAUCCUUCUUGUGUCAACGUGGACUACCAGACAGAGUACUACACCAUGAACCAUAACCCUCAUGGUUUGUGUGUGGUCAUCAACAAUGAGGAAUUCCAGGGAACACAGCUGAAAGAUAGAAAAGGGACUCAUGAGGAUGAGAAGGCUCUGCACAAAGUGUUCACCCACCUUGGCUUUAAAGUGAUGGUACACAACAAUUUGACUGCAGAAGCCAUGCGACUUGUACUAAAAGAGCUUAGCAGAAGGGAUUUUUUUGCUGAUGAUGCCUUGGUGGUAUGCGUGCUUUCCCAUGGAGAAAAGGGAUGUGUCUAUGGGACAGAUGAGAAGGAGGUGUCCUUGCAAGAGCUGACACAGCUCUUCAUAAGUGAACGAGCUCCCACCUUGGCGGGGAAGCCCAAACUAUUCUUCAUCCAAGCGUGUCAGGGAAGAAGCUACCAGAGAGGAUGCAUGCCAUGUCCCCCAAUGCUGAGGCAGGAGGGAGGGGACAAAGAGGUGGAGGAAGACGCAGGUCCUGUGUACGGCAAGAUGGUGACUUUGGGGGCUGACUUUGUGCUAGGCAUGGCCACUGUCUCAGAGUGCAAGUCGUUUCGAAACACUUCCACAGGCUCCAUCUACAUCCAGGAGCUGUGCAAGCAGCUGAUGAGGUCUGCACAAAGCUCAGAGGAUAUAUUCAUUGUCCUGACACAUGUGAACAUGGAGGUCAGCAAGGGACAAUAUUUAAAAUACAAACAAAUGCCAGAGAUCAUAUACACCCUCACCAAGAAGCUCGUCCUCAGUGUGUGAGCUGACUGCUGGGACCAAUGUGCAAUGCUGAAAAUAUGCUAUAUUGUCUGUGUGUUUUAAAUCUCUGUAUGGCAUAGCCUGUUUCAGGAGCUAUUAUUGUGUAUCCACAAAUAUAAAAUAGUUUUUUAAAAAAUUAACCAAACUAUCCUAAUGCUUAAAUACACAACAAAAAUGUAUCACAAAGUUGGUAUAUAAUGGUAGGGAACUUUGGAAAUGUUUCACUUUGACAUAAGAGAAAUCAUCUUAUGAUUAUUCCUUAUUUUUAUUUCUACUCUUUAAGGAAUCAAGUUAAUAUUGCUUGACGUAAAAUCACUGAAUACAUUUCUAAUGUCACCUUAUAAACGUAUGUUGCUGUGUAGUUGCUAAAAUGCAUUGUUAAUCACCAUUAUAAUAAUGCUAUGUAAUCAUGAUUUGUGAGAAUAUGCUUCAGGACUGCUAGUAGGAAUGGGAAUGUAUUUUAUCUUUUUGCUCUUUUCUUACUCUUUACUCAGGAAGUAUUUCUAGACAGUUAAUAACAGUGUUUUCCUUGAGCUUAAUUUCUUAUAUGCAUUGCUAAAUGAAUCAAAGUGUUGCUUGGUGAUUUUUAAAUGUACUGAAAAUACUUUAUGUACUGUUAUUUGUAACAAAAUAUUUAUAAUGAUAAAAGAUGACCUUUGGUUUUAAUACUUGGAGAUGUGAUAGAAAGUAUGACAAGAAAGUCUAACACAUAGCAGUUUGCUGGAACCUGCAUCCAAAGACCCUCAGGAAGUUAGCUUCCUGCCAGCAGACACCAUAAUGUGAUAUUUUUUUGCUUAUAACAAAUAUUUGCUUUACAUGACAAAGCGUAUCAGUAUAUAUAAAGUGUAUUACUGGUAGGGCUGGGCAAUGAAACAUUAGGAAUAUUUUUUGCGAUACAAUUUUCCUCUAACAAUUUAACAAAUGUGCAAUGUUUUACGUAAUUUUACUAUUGCAUAUUUGUUGCAAAAAUACUUUGUCAUAAUUGUCUUGAUGAUAUGACCAUAAAGAAUAGUUUUAAACCACAAUUAACCAUAUGGUUUCUUUGAACUUGUGCUUAGGAGCAAAAAUUAGCCUUUAAACUUGAAAGAAAUAACGACAUGACAUUUUUUUAUUGUGAUAACAGUUUUGGCCAUAUCGCCCACUACUCUCACCCAAUACUGGUACUGAUUGGUUUAUAAUUAUUUGGUUUAAGUCGUUUGAUGUGACUAACCUUGCUGUAAUGUUGAAGAAAUGGUUUGAUCCUAGUAUGACAAAGUUUGAUGAUGAUGUGAAAAAGUAUUUUACCUUAAAUGAUUGAAUUUGAUUUUGAUAUAUGACAAGUUAUCCAAGGAAGGUAAAAAUCAACUGAAGAACUGAUAAAGUGUCUUGGAUGAGUGA